UUACACUAUAUAAAAUUCCCGGUUCUGCAUUAAAGCCUUUAUCAGCAAAGAUACAUAAAUAAAUAACUGCAAUAUCAACAAUGUCUUGGACUAUUAUACCGCUUUCAAAGUGGGAUUUCGGGUAUUUCGCCCGCCAGAGAGCUAUGUUCCCGGAGUGGCUACAAUUUUUUGAUGAUGACUGGCGAAUGGGAAGUUUUGAAGAAUCACGCAUCCGGUUCAAUCGGGAACUGAACAAGAUUCGUAGAGAAAUGCAUCGGAUGGAUGAGCAACCAAUUAAUCUGGAUUUAAGGCAACCAUUUAUUACAGAUCCAGAGGGGCAGACUAAGUUCAGCCUUCGUUUUAACUGCAGUCAGUUCAGGCCUAACGAAAUUUCUGUGAAGACACAGGAUAAUAAACUCAGUGUUCACGCCAAGCACGCACACGAGCAAGAUGGCCGAAAAUUUUCCCAAGAAUUCUACAGGGAAUGCACGCUUCCUGAAAAUGUUGAUCCGAAAAAGCUGAAGUCCAGUCUAACCAGUGAUGGCGUACUCCAGAUCGAGGCACCGGUAGAGCCUCUCGUCGUGGCGCCAAAGGAGCAUGCGAUUCCGAUAGAGCAUCUGAAAAGUGAGAAAGAUAAACAACUUGUGGCUGUUGAAAAAGAGGAGGGAGAUGACAAAAAUGAAAAUAAAGACAAUGAUUCUAUUUACCAUGGAGGAAACGUGAUUCAUACUAAACCACCACUGAAAACGCCAUUGACAGUAGAGAAGAACCCGCACGUAGCAAACCACGUAUCACCUGCAACAUCAACACAGGAAUAUAGGAAAAACAUGUCUUGGGAUAUUAUACCGCUUUCAAAGUGGGAUUUUGGAUAUUUCGAUCGCCAACGGGAUUUGUUCUCGGAGUGGCUACAUCUUUUUGAUGAUGACUGGCGAAUGGGAAGUUUUGAAGAGUCGCGGAUCCGGUUCGAUCGUGAACUGGACAAGAUUCGGAGAGAGAUGCAUCGGAUGGAUGAGCAACCAGUCAACCUGGAUAUACCGCAACCAUUCAUUACAGAUCCAGAGGGGCAGCAUAAGUUCAGCCUUCGUUUUAACUGCAGUCAGUUCAGGCCUAACGAAAUCACCGUGAAGACACAGGAUAACAAACUCAAUGUUCACGCCAGGCACGCGCAGGAGCAAGAUGGCCGAAAAUUUUUCCAAGAAUUCUACAGGGAAUGCACACUUCCGGAAAACGUCGAUCCGAAAAAGCUGAAAUCCAGUCUAACCAGUGAUGGCGUACUCCAGAUCGAGGCACCGGUAGAGCCUCUCGUCGUGGCGCCAAAGGAGCAUUUAAUUCCGAUAGAGCAUCUGAAAAAGGAUAUAAAGAAAGAUAAACAACUUGUGGCUGUCGAAAAGGAGAAGGGAGAUGAAAAAUAAUUAAAACAAAGUUAAUGACUGAAAAAAAUGAAUUUGAGUUUUGCUCAUUUCGUUAUUUCUACUUGACAUUUUUUCUAAGAAAAACGGUAAAUCUAGGAACUGAUAUUGAAGGAAACGUAACUCGGCGUUAAAGUAUGACGAGCGGAAAAGGUUGAGAAAAAAAAAAAAACAACCAAAAAAACGUCAGAGAACCCGCCAUCAAAACAGUGUUCCUUUUAGCCAUUCGGGUAGGAACUAUGUAAGAAAUGGCUUCAUAGAAUUUAUGUAUAUUGUAUAUCAUUCGUUGUGAUGCUCGCGCCGCCGCAUUAAGAAAGGGCAAAGUAAACAGCUUGAAAUCGUUAUAAACAUGUGGAAAACUAUUAAUAUCACCUGGAUACACCAACUCAAAUAUCAGUAUCAUUACUUGCUUUUAUUAUGGCAGUUUGUUUUGCAAUUAAAAUGAGAUAACCAUGUUCAACAAAUCAUCACUAGGCUAUGUUGAUUUUGUGUACACAAAAAUGUAACUCAUUAUCAUUAAAUACUUAUCCUUUUCUUAUCUCUUAAACAGAUAUGUGUGCAGCACAUUUUAAUUUAAAGCAUCAUGAGCGGCUCAGCCUUUAAUAAACUUUGAAAUUCUGUGUAACAGGAUAUCCUAAUACAUGUAGUAUGAUACAGGAUAUAGCUUUUGUACUUAUCUUUAAUAGAACAACCUGUUAGUUACACAUUUUAGCUCACCUGAGCAAUGCUCAGGUGAGUUUUUCUGAUCGCUCGAUGUCCGGCGUCCGUCGUCCGUCGUCUGUCGUCUGUCGUCCGUCGUCUGUCAACAUUUAGCUUGUGUAUGCGAUAGAGGCUGUAUUUUUCAAUUAAUCUUCAUGAAUAUUGGUCAGAAUGAUAACCUUGAUGAAAUCUAGGCCGGGUUCGAAAAUGGGUCAUCUCGGGUCAAAAACUAGGUCACUAGGUCAAAUCAAAGAAAAACCUUGUGUAUGCGACAGAGGCUGUAUUUUUCAUUUAAUCUUCAUGAAUAUUGGUCAGAAUGAUAACUUUGAUGAAAUCUAGGCCGAGUUCGAAAAUGGGUCAUCUCGGGUCAAAAACUAGGUCACUAGGUUAAAUCAAAGAAAAACCUUGUGUAUGCGAUAGAGGCGGUAUUUUUCAAUUAAUCUUCAUGAAUAUUGGUUAGAAUGAUAACCUUGAUGAAAUCUAAGCCGAGUUCGAAAAUGGGUCAUCUGGGGUCAAAAACUAGGUCACUAGGUCAAAUCAAAGAAAAACCUUGUGUAUGCGAUAGAGGCUGUAUUUUUCAAUUCUUCUUCAUGAAUAUUGGUCAGAAUGAUAACCUUGAUGAAAUCUAGGCCGAGUUCGAAAAUGGGUCAUCUCGGGUCAAAAACUAGGUCACUAGGUCAAAUCAAAGAAAAACCUUGUGUAUGCGAUAGAGGCUGUAUUUUUCAAUUGAUCUUCAUGAAUUUUGGUCAGAAUGAUUGCCUUGAUGAAAUCUAGGCCGAAUUCGAAAAUGGGUCAUCUCGGGUCAAAAACUAGGUCACUAGGUCAAAUCAAAGAAAAACCUUGUGUAUGCGAUAGAGGCGGUAUUUUUCAAUUGAUCUUCAUGAAUUUUGGUCAGAGUGAUUAACUUGAUAAAAUCUAGGCCGAGUUCGAAAAUGGGUCAUCUGGGGUCAAAAACUAGGUCACUAGGUCAUAUCACAUAAAAACCUUGUGUAUGCGAUAGAGGCGGUAUUUUUCAAUUGAUCUUCAUGAAUUUUGGUCAGAAUGAUUACCUUGAUGGAAUUUAGACCAAGUUCGAAAAUGGGUCAUCUGGGAUCAAAAACUAGGUCACUAGGUCAAAUCAAAGAGAAACCUUGUGUAUGCAGUUGAGGCUGUAUUUUUCAACUGAUCUUCAUAAAUUUAGCCAGAAUGAUAACCUUGAUAAAAUCUAGGCCGAGUUCGAAAAUGGGUCAUCUGGGGUCAAAAACUAGGUCACUAGGUCAAAUCGAAGAAAAACCUUGUGUAUGCAAUAGAGGAUGUAUUUUUCAAUUGAUCUUCAUCAAAUUUGGUCAGAGUGAUUGCCUUGAUGAAAUCUAGGUCGAUUUUGAAUAUGGGUUAUCUGAGGUCAAAAAGUAGGUCACUAGGUCAAAUUAAAGAAAAAUCUUGUGUAUGCGAUAGAGACUGUUUUUUUCAAUUGAUUUUUAUGAAAUUUGGUCAGGUUGAUUGCCUUAAUGAAAUCUAGGUCGAAUUUGAAUAUGGGUCAUCUGAGGUCAAAAACUAGGUCACUUGGUCAAAUCAAAGAAAAAACUUCUAUAUGUGAUAGAGGCUGUACUUUUCAGUUGAUCUUCAUGAAUUUUGGUCAGAAUGAUUGCCUUGAUAAAAUCUAGGUCGAGUUUGAACAUGGGUCAUCUAGGGUCAAAAACUAGGUCAUAUCUAAGAAAAUGCUUGUUUUAUCGCAAGAGACCAAUUUUUUGGUCCAAUCUUAAUGAAAAUUGGUCAGAAUAUUUGUUUCCAUGAAAUCACUAGGUCAAACAUGUUUUACAGUUAUGGAGUGUUUCUUAGGUGAGCGACCUAGGGCCAUCUUGGCCCUCUUGUUUACUGGUAAUGAUAUCUACUAGUUAAAUCGCAAGCAGUAAAUAAAAUAUAGGUUUUUUUUCCUGAUGAUUGGUUCAUGUUUAUAUUGAUCUCAAGUGACAGGUUAUCCUAAGUUACUGGUACAAUAUCAUGAAUGGCGAUGUGAUUAUUACUGAUGACGUGUUCGUUUAAAAGGACAGUAUACAGAAUAUUUCAAAACAGGAUAAAACGUAAACUGAAAGAAACUUACAACUGAUCCGACGGGUGAUUCAACAAGAUAGAAAUAACUUGAUUACAUACAGUAAAUUUAUAAAUAUGUAGAAUUGUAAGCAUACUAAUAGGUAUAAUCAGUGUUGCCUAGUAACUGUUCUAAUUUGCUUUAGUUUCUGUGUUCUGUUAGAGGUUAUCAAUUAAUAUAAAGUUUGUUUUAAGAUUUAAAAUGUGUGUAUUAUGUGCAUGUAUGAGACAUUAUUAUAAUCCUGUAAGCUUUC